AUGGUCACGUUGUUUCAUGACAUGAUGCACAAGGAGAUCGAGGUAUACGUGGAUGAUAUGAUUACAAAGUCAAGACGGGGUGAGGACCAUGUUGGAGUCUUGCAAAAGCUGUUCAAACGUCUUCGGAAAUUCAAGCUGCGCCUUAAUCCCAAAAAAUGCGUUUUUGGGACGAGAUCGGGGAAGCUGUUAGGGUUCAUGGUUAGUAACAAGGGCAUAGAGAUUGAUCCGUCAAAGGUUAAGGCUAUUUGUGAUUUACGAGCCCCGACCACCACCAAGGAGGUCUGCAGCUUGAUGGGGCAACUCAAUUAUGUGGCAAGGUUGCGACAAUACACGCUCCAUCACCGAAUCCUGUUGGUGACCGAAAAUGAUCCCAUCAGAUACCUCCUGGAGAAGCCGGCACUGGUUGGCAAGUUGGUCAAGUGGCAAAUCUUAAUUUCAGAGUUUGACAUUCAGAGCCUGGGGCAGAAGUUCGUUAAAGGUCGCGCCAUAGCAGACAUGUUAGCAGAAAGUCCCGAGAGGUCCAGGACAUCUGAUGAGGAUAGUGAUGCAGGGGAACAAAUUUUACUUGUAUCAAGUGACAAAUGGACAAUGUACUUCGAUGGUGCAGUUAAUUUAGCUGGGUCGGGUACCGGGGAAAUUCUUAUCUCCCCAGACGGUCAGCACUACCUUAUUGCCACUAAAUUGACGUUCCCUUGCACGAAUAAUAUUGUCGAAUAUGAAGCGUGCAUUCUCGGCCUCCAAGUUGCUAUUGACAUGAAGAUCCGAAAGAUGCAAGUUUAUGGUGAUUCAACCCUUAUCAUCUUACAGACUAAAGGCGAAUGGCGAACACAUGAUUCUAAAUUGAUUCCGUAUCAUGAGUUCCUGGGGAAGUUGACGGAAGAAUUCCAAGAAAUAGAAUUUGAAUACUUGCUAAGGUCUCAAAAUCAGUUUGCUGAUGCCCUAGCUACCUUGUCUUCAAUGUUACAAGUAGCUGGAGGCUUGGACAUUGAACCAUUAAGAAUUGAAAUCUUUAGGCGCCCGCCUAUUGCAUGA